UGCAUCACCCUCCAAGUCUGCUCCACCAUCUCUAAAGGCUCAUCACAUCAACGUGGUUUCCAGACUCUGCCCUCUGGAUCGGUUUCAUCAAAAUAGCAUUAAUACAAAGUGUUGCCCAGGAGUGAAGUGGUGCUGGUGGCACUUGCCAUGACUAUGUCGGGAGAUGUGUGUGUUGUGACGGGAGCCUGCGGGUUUCUGGGAGAAAAACUGGUCAGGCUGUUGCUGGAAGAGGAGAAGCUUUCUGAGAUCCGACUGCUGGAUAGAAAAAUAAAGUCUGAGCUAAUACAGUCUCUUGAUGAUUGCAAGGGAGAGACUAAAGUGAGUGUUUUGGAGGGUGAUAUCAGGGAUCGUGAGCUACUGAGAAGAGCAUGUAAAGGAGCAGCACUGGUUUUCCACACUGCAUCUCUCAUCGAUGUCACUGGAGCAGUUGAAUACAGUGAAUUAUAUGGAGUUAAUGUCAAAGGAACACAGCUGCUGCUCGAGACCUGCAUCCAAGAAAACGUGGCCUCCUUCAUUUACACUAGCAGCAUUGAGGUGGCUGGUCCCAAUCCCCAUGGUGAUCCAGUAAUUAAUGGUAAUGAGGACACCCCUUACUCCUCCUGUCUUAAGUUUAGCUACAGCAAAACCAAGUAUGAGGCUGAACAGAUUUGCCUUCAGGCCAGUGGAGAGCUGCUCCGUAAUGGAGGUCAUCUGGCUACCUGUGCACUGAGGCCCAUGUUCAUCUAUGGACCAGGCUGUCGAUUUACUUUAGACCACUUGAGGAAUGGAAUCCGCAAUGGAAAUGUGCUGAUAAGAACAUCACGACGAAAUGCAAAAGUGAAUCCUGUAUAUGUGGGAAACGCAGCCCUGGCACAUUUACAAGCAGGUCGGGCCCUCAAAGAUUCCCAGAAAAGGGCCGUGAUGGGUGGAAACUUCUAUUACAUCUCAGACGACACGCCGCCUGUAAGCUACUCAGACUUUAACUAUGCUGUUCUUUCACCUUUAGGCUUUAGGAUAAAAGAGAGGCCCAUUCUGCCCUUCUCACUUCUGUAUCUUCUGUCGUACCUCAUGGAAUUACUGCACGUUGUGCUCCGACCCUUCCUGAAGUUCACUCCUCCCUUAAACAGGCAGCUGCUGACCAUGUUAAACACACCCUUUAGUUUCUCAUAUCAAAAGGCCCACAGGGAUUUUGGAUAUAGCCCUCGCUAUAACUGGGAAGAGGCAUGUAAGUGCACUAGCGACUGGUUAGCAUCUGUCUUACCCACAGAGAGGCAACAAAUGAACUUGAAAUAAAUUAACAGUCAUGUUCUGUCUGAUUUUCUUCUAAUUAGAUCCACGGUAGUAGAAAACAUUCACUGUCUAAUGUUUAGUGAAUAAUGCUUGUUUUAUGGUUAAAGAAUUAAACAUCUAUAACAAAUAGAAAUAAAUAUCCAUUUAAAGAUGUAGUAAGUAGUAGUAAUAGAAAAGUACUAAAACCUUUUACUUAUUUCAAAAAGUAAAAGAUUUUAUGACUUUAAUAAGACAAACCAAGCAUCAAUGCUGUUGAGACAGUACUUAAUGAAUUUCAAAUGCCUUGCAAUUAAACAAUAUGUUGUGGUAAUUCAUAA